AUGAAGUUUCUGCUCGUGUCUCUUCUGGGGUUUAAUCUGGUCGUGGUCAUGGGGCACUGGUGUGAACGUGUGGUGGAGGAGAAGGUGGAGAGGUUGGUUUCCCCCCGUGAUCAGCGUGAGGUGGAAUGUUCCACCGUCUAUCAGUUCAACACUCAGGGCUGGAGGCUGGAUGUGGAGCGAAUGAGGCAUGAACACGGAGGAGACGACGGCAUCGCACUUUAUUACAAGAGACAGGGACCUAAAGCCUCCUGUUACAUAUUCAAACCUCCAGACAUUGAGACAGAGACAGUGAACCGGACGGUCAGACAGUGUUGUGAAGGCUGGGCCGGACCUGACUGCUCACAGGGGGUUGGUGCCCGGGGUCAGUGUUUCUCCACCUGGACGUGUGAGGAGUUUCCUGGGCUUCAGAACUCGUCUCUGAUGGCUCUGGAGCAGUGCUGCAGUAACCUGUGGGGUUUAAGCUGGAGAAACGCAUCCGAUCAGACCUGUCUGUCCUGCACCUACACGCUCCUGACAGACGUCAGCUCUUCUCCUGUGGUUCGUGGGGGGCUGUUUCGUGGUGUUCGUGACCCGCAGGCGUCUGGCACCUGUAUGAGCUGGGGCGGGACACACUACCGUACCUUUGACCGGAAACACUUCCACUUCCAGGGCAGCUGCACGUACCUGCUGGCCUCAUCCACGGACGGGACGUGGGCCGUGUACAUGAGCACCGAGUGUGAUCCUGCGGGACACUGCCGGAAGGGACUGCGGCUGAUGUUGGGUCUUGGCUUGGUGUCCAUACAUAAAACCAAUGUGACUGUUAAUGGGUUAACACUAGCGCAGGGUGAACCUCUCUUGCAAAACGGAGUCAGCGUUCACUGGCUGGGUGACUUUGUGUUUGUGGAGAGUGGUUUGGGUGUCAGACUGAAGUUUGACAUGGAGAACACCGUCUAUCUGACGGUUACCGCUGAACACAUCGCUGCCACUAGGGGGCUUUGCGGCGUUUAUAACAACAACCCAGAUGAUGACUUCACUACCAGCGGCGGAAGUGUGUCUCAGUACGCUGCCAGCUUUGGAAACUCAUGGCGUGUUCAAGAUCAGCAAGGACAAGUGUGUAGUGAUGCAGCAGAGUUGGGUCACAGCUGUGAUCUGUCCAGUGAUGUCUCUCUCCGGCGGGACGCAGAAACAGUCUGUCACCGGCUCAAAGAGACUCCCUUCUCACACUGCCAUCACCAGGUGGAUCCCGGUCCGUAUAUCGACACGUGUCUGUAUCUGUACUGCAGUGUGGAUGUGAAGGACAGAGAUACAGCUGUGUGUGAUACGUUAGCUGGCUACGUGCGCGAGUGUGCACAACAACACGUCAUCAUCCGCUGGAGGAGCGCCGGCUUCUGUGAGCGUGUUUGUCCGAGCGCUCAGGUCUUCUCUGACUGUGUGUCGUCCUGUCCCCCCACCUGCUCGUCUCCUCGUCCUCCGGCGUCCGGUCAGUGUCGGGACGAGUGUGUGGGGGGGUGCGAGUGUCCCCCGGGUCUGUACCUGCACGCGGGUCAGUGUCUGCGACGGGACGACUGUCCCUGCUUCCACAGACGCCACAGCUACAGAGCAGGAGACAGCAUCAGACAGCGCUGCAACACCUGUGUGUGUCGCGCCGGUCAGUGGGAAUGUUCUGGAGAGAAGUGUGAAGCUCAGUGCGCUGUGAUCGGAGCGAUGCACAUCACCACCUUCGAUCAGAAGAGAUACGGUCUGCAGGCCGGAGACUGCCGCUUCACCGCUGUAGAGGAUUUUGUGGAUAAAAAGCUCUCUGUUAGCAUCAGCGGAGGAGCGUGUGCAGGAGGAGCCGCUGGAUGUCUGAGAGAGAUGACGGUCACUGCGCUUCAUACGACACUCACUGUCACAGAUACAGGUUCGGUGAUGCUGAACGGUCAGCGGGAGCUUCUGCCGCUGAUCACAGGAGAUCUGAUGGUCAGAAAAGCUUCAUCCAGUGUUGUUCUGAUCCAGGCGUUUGGAGCUCAGAUGAUGUGGUAUCUGGACGGUCCUCUGCUCCUCAUCACCCUACAGCCGGGGUUUGCUCAUAAGGUUCGUGGUUUAUGUGGCACUCUGAGCUGGAGUCAGCGUGAUGAUUUCACCACUCCUGAAGGGGACGUGGAGAACAGCGUGGCAUCUUUUGCGGCCAAGUUCAGAACAGAUUCAUGCCCUCUGCCGUCGGCGGUGACCUCUGACCCCUGCGGGACACACACUCAGCGCAGGCAGUACGCAGAGCGCGUGUGCUCGGUGAUUCACAGCGCUGUGUUUCAGGCGUGUCAUGAUGUGGUGGACAGAGAGCCGUACAUGCGUCUGUGUCUCAGUGAAGUGUGCAGCUGCGGCCCGCAGAACUCCUGCCAGUGCACCGUCCUCACCGCCUUCGCCCUGCACUGUGCCCAACAGGGGGCGCCGCUCAGCUGGAGAAACCACACGUUCUGCUCGGUGCAGUGCUCCGGAGGGCAGGUGUAUCAGGAGUGCGGGCGUCUGUGUGGGGCGUCCUGCGCUGAUCUGUGGGACGGCUGGAGCUGUGAGGAGCAGGAGGGCGGCAGGGUCUGUGUGCCGGGGUGUCAGUGUCCAGAUGGACUGGCUCAGGACGAUCAGGGUCAGUGUGUGCCGGUGGACAUGUGUCCCUGCAGACACGCAGACGUGCUUCAUCCCGCCGGGAGCACCGUGCACAAGAGCUGCAACCGCUGUGUUUGUGCGCGUGGCGUGUGGAACUGCACGGAUCUGUCGUGUCCCGAGGUCAAUCAGUGUCCAGGCUCUCUGGUCUUCUCUCCUCGAUCGUGUCUGAGGACCUGCUCCAGUCCGAAGUCUCCUCUGGACGCGUGCGCUGACCCCGUCCAUGGCUGCGUCUGUCCUGAGGGAACCGUGCUGCUGGGUGAUCAGUGUGUGAAGCCGGACGAGUGUCCGUGUCAUCACAACGGCAGACUUUAUUUCACCAAUGACACCAUUUCUAAAGACUGCAACACUUGUGUGUGUCGAGAGCAGCGCUGGCACUGCGGUCAGUCGUUGUGUUCUGGCACCUGCGUGGCCACCGGUGACCCUCACUACAUCACGUUUGACGGCCGAUAUUACUCUUUCCUGGGCGACUGCGAGUAUGUUCUGGUGCAGGAGAGCAGCGGUUUGUUCAGCGUCAGCGCAGAGAACGUGCCGUGCGGCAGCACAGGGGUCACCUGCACCAAAUCUGUCACGCUGACCGUGGGAAACACGGCAAUACACCUGCUCAGAGGUAAAGCCGUGAUGGUGAAUGGGGUUCCGGUGACUCUUCCAAAGUUGUAUUCGGGCAGUGGUUUGAUUCUGGAGCAGGUGGGGUUAUUUGUGUCCCUCUCGUCUAGACUCGGAGUCACUCUGCUCUGGGAUGGAGGAAUGCGUGUUUAUGUCCGGCUGAAGCCUCACUUGCGUGGCCAAGUCGGAGGAUUGUGUGGAAAUUUUGAUGGAGAUGCAGAAAAUGACUUCACCACAAGACAAGGCAUCAUGGAGUCCACUCCAGAACUGUUCGGAAACUCCUGGAAGAUCAGUCCGUCGUGCCCUGACGUCUCAGACCAGGAUCUCCGUGACCCCUGUGUCAUUAACCCUCACCGGGUGACGUGGGCCAAAAAGAAGUGUGCAGUGAUCAGUCAGGAAAUGUUCAGCUCGUGUCACUCAGAAGUGUCUUAUCAGCAGUACUACGACUGGUGUGUCUUUGACGCCUGCGGGUGUGACUCCGGCGGUGACUGUGAGUGUUUGUGUACGGCUGUAGCUGCGUAUGCUGAAGAGUGUAACCGCAGAGGAGUGUAUGUGCGCUGGAGGUCACAGGAACUCUGCCCGCUGCAGUGUGAGAACGGUUUGGUUUAUGAGGCCUGCGGUCCUGCCUGUUCUCCAGUGUGUCCCGGUUCUCCUUCUGUGUCUGAUCCGCUCUGUAGCGCCCUCUCCUGUGUGGAGGGAUGUUUCUGUCCUCAAGGCACUGUGAGACAUGGUGAUGCCUGUAUCCCUCCGUCUCAGUGUCCGUGUGAGUGGGACAGAUCUGUAUUUCCCGCAGGAGCCACUGUCACUCAACACUGUCAGAACUGCUCUUGUUCUGAUGGUUUGUGGCGUUGUGUUGGAUCUCCAUGUCCUCCUCCGUCUCUGUGUGAGGACUCAGAGUUCCUCUGCUCCGGUGGCUCUCAGCGCUGUAUUCCCUCCGUCUGGCUCUGUGAUAAUGAGGACGACUGCGGAGACGGUUCGGAUGAGCUCUGUCCCUCCACCUGUCCUCCUGAUCAGUUCCGCUGCUCCGGUGGGGCUUGUUUACCGCUGGAGCUCAGGUGUAACGGCCAUCCAGACUGCGCUGACCAAUCAGACGAGGACUUCUGUGCCCCGAGCUCACCUGAACCCGACUGUCCGGCCGGAGAGUUCAGGUGUGGGAACGGACGCUGUCUGCCGGCUCAUAAAGUCUGUGACGGGAGGCUGGACUGUGGCUUUGCUGAUGAUUCUGAUGAACACGACUGUGGCGUGUUGUGCAGACAGGAAGAGUUUCGCUGUUCGUCUGGUCGUUGUGUGUUGUUCCUCCACCGCUGUGACGGUCACGAUGACUGUGGGGACUACAGCGAUGAGAGAGGGUGUGUGUGUGCCAUCGGAGAGCUGCAGUGUCCUGGAGAUCAGUGUGUGCCUGCAGAGAGAGUGUGUGAUGGACACAGGGACUGUCCUUCAGGCAUCGAUGAGCUCAUCUGUCCUGUCAAAGGAUGCAGUAAGUUUGAGUUCGGCUGCACUAGCGGUCAGUGUGUGCCGUUAGCGUGGCGCUGUGAUGGCGAGACAGACUGUCUGGACGGGAGCGAUGAGAAACAUUGUUCCCGCACAUGUCAAUCAGACCAGUUCCUCUGCCAGAGCGGAGACCAGUGCAUCCAGCACCAGCAGCUGUGUGACGGGACGCCCCACUGCAGAGACGCCUCAGACGAGAGCGUGGACAACUGCGAUACUCUGCGUCCCACCACAGCGCCACCUAGUGAGGGAAACGGCAGUCAUGUUUGUCCGGAGUUCACCUGUGCUGAUGGAUCCUGUGUGCCCUUCAACGCGUUGUGUAACGGAGCAGCAGACUGUCCCGCAGACGCCUCAGAUGAGACGGGGUGUGGUGUCUGGGGUCCCUGGAGCUCCUGGAGCCCCUGCAGCCGAAGCUGUGGAUCAGGAACCAUGAGCCGACAGAGACGCUGCAGCCGCCAGGAUUCAGACGAGCUCUGCAGAGGAGAGAAAACACAGCGACAGCAGUGCUACUCCACCGCCUGCCCCGUCGAUGGCUACUGGCUGCCGUGGGUCACGUGGUCGAACUGCAGUGAAGGUUGUGGAGGUGUUGAAGUCCGUCAGAGAGAGUGUUUCCCACCGCAGAACGGAGGCAGAACCUGUGCAGAACUACCUGGAGAAACCAACCUGACUUUAGACAUCAAGCCGUGUUCUCAGAACAGCUGUGUUAACGUCUCCUGUCCUGCGGGCCUCGUCAGACAUAGCUGUGCGCCGUGCCCUUUGACCUGCGCUCACGUAUCUGGAGCAACAACAUGUGACCCCAGCUCCAGGUGUUUCACAGGCUGCUGGUGUCCUGAUGGGACGGUCAUGAAUCACGAGCAGCAGUGUGUUCGGCCGGAGGAGUGUGUGUGUGAGGUGUCUGGGGUUCGAUACUGGCCCGGUCAGCAGGUCAAAGUGGGCUGUGACAUCUGUGUGUGUGAGCGAGGACGAGCCCAGCGCUGUCACACCAACCCAGAGUGCUCAGUUCACUGUGGCUGGUCGUCCUGGUCUGAAUGGGGCGAGUGUUUGGGUCCCUGUGGAGUUCAGAGCGUCCAGUGGUCCUUCCGCAGCCCGAAUAACCCCUUAAAACACGGCAACGGCCGACAGUGCCGUGGAAUUUACCGGAAAGCACGACGCUGUCAGACAGAGCCGUGCAGGGAGUGUGAAUAUCGUGGACACGCACAUGUGGUGGGAGAGCGCUGGAAAGGCGGUCAGUGUCAGAUGUGCCAGUGUUUGUCCAAUCUCACUGUGCAGUGCAUCCCGUACUGUCCUUACACUGCCACUGGAUGCCCACAGGUGUGUGUGUUUGUGUGUUGUGUUGUGUUGUCAGGUAACGGCAGCACUAUCAUGACGACUACACCAAUGAUCCUGCCAAUAACCCUGGGACCCUCCACACCACCAGAGGGCCCUCCGACCGUCCCGACUUACCCCCUGCCACCUUCAGAUGAGUGUUGGUCGGCUCUGGGCGUUCUCUCGCUCCCCAGCAGCAGCUUCAGCGCCUCGUCCCAUCAGCCCGGUCACCCUCCGUCUGCAGGACGUCUGCACGCUCGGGACUCCCACAGUGACCUGCAGGGCUGGAGCCCGGAGCCGGAGGAGUACAGAGAGCUCCCGGCCGGGGCCCCUGAGGAGCACAGACCCUCGUCUCGAGGGCCGUACCUCCAGAUAGACCUGCUCAGACACUACAACAUCACAGGCGUGUUGACGCAGGGUGGUGGUGUGUUUGACACGUUUGUUUCCAGCUUCUAUCUGCAGUUCAGCAGUGACGGACGUCAGUGGUUCACAUAUAAAGAGCUGAUCACAGACGCCAGACCCAAAGCUAAGGUGUUUCAGGGAAACCGUGAUGACCAUGGCGUAGCUUUGGCUCGUCUGGACCGAAUGGUGUCGGCUCGCUUCGUACGAAUUCUGCCUCAUGAUUUUCAGAAUGGAAUCUAUCUGAGAGUCGAAGUCAUGGGCUGUGCUGAUGGAACUCGUCCCGCUCCUACCAGAAGGCCGGUGGUCUGUCCGUCGGGUCAGUUCUCCUGUCCUCCUCCAGGAGGCUGCAUUGAGGCGCAGCGCCGCUGUGAUGGAGUCCCUCACUGUCCUGAUGGAGCGGAUGAGAGGGACUGCACACACACAAACAUCACCCACAUCACCCCGACCGCCGCUCCUCUCAGGACACCCAGCAAGAAACCCCUGACCACUCCGAGUGCCGACCACCACUAUGAGUUGGUCACACCCAGUAGUGAAGUGACCACAGCUCCACCAGGUUUACCAGGAUUACAGACCCCCACCGGCCCAACGGGACGUCCUGCUCACUUUAACUUCACCUCUGGACGUCCAGGACUUCACACCAAGAGUCCACAGGACGGCAGCCCAGGAGUGGCUCCACCCACACACAUCACAACAGCGCCACCUGCUGUCAGUCCGACGGGAGAACCGGGCGUUCACAUUCUGACUCCUACACCCUACUUCAACACGACAGGACUCUGGUAUACAUCUACACCCGCUGAUGAUGGUUUGCCCAGAAUAGUGUGUGUGGAAGGACAGUUCGCCUGCAGGACGUUCGGGUGUGUGGAAGCUGCUCUUGUGUGUGACGGCCGUGAGGACUGUCCCGACGGAUCCGAUGAAGAUCGCUGUGGGUCCGUGACUCCCUCACAGCGCCCCCUGGUGCCCAAACUCUGCUCCUCCAAACAGUUCAGCUGCUGGAGCGGAGAGUGUGUGAGUUUGGAGAAGAGAUGUGACCUGCGCAGAGACUGUGCUGACGGCUCGGACGAGAACGACUGCUUCAACUGUGUUCUAUCUCCCUGGACGUCCUGGAGUCAGUGCAGUGUGUCGUGUGGUCUGGGGUCACUUUUCCGUCAGAGGAGCAUCCUGAGAGAUGCCCGGCCGGGUGGAUCCUGCGGCGGAGCUCAGUUCGACAGCCGAGCGUGUUUCCUGCAGGCCUGUCCUGUGGACGGUCAGUGGUCGGAGUGGACGCAGUGGUCCGGUUGUGACGUCCCGUGUGGUGGAGGACUGAUGGUGAGGAACAGGACCUGCUCCAAUCCUCCGCCCAAAAACGGUGGGAGAGACUGUGAGGGGCUGGUCAGACAAACACAGACGUGUAACACACAGACCUGCGGACCGGACACAGACACACAGAGCGGCUGCACCGGAGGAAUGAUCCUGCUGGAGGAGUCCGAUUGUUUGGCUGGAAAAACUGAUCCGUGUCCCGUGACCUGCUCUGACCUUCAUUCAGAGAGGAACUGCACCUUAAACUGCACUACGGGCUGUCGUUGUCCUCAUGGGCUGUUCCUGCGAGAGGGCCGUUGUGUCCGUGUCAGUGAAUGUGAGUGUUUGUGGGAGGGUUCGCUCGUCCAGCCUGGACAGGAAGUCAGUAACAGCAGCUGCAGCACAUGUGUGUGUAAAGAAGGCCGUGUCACCUGUGAUGAAUCCAGCUGUGUCGCUCGCUGUGAUUGGUCGGCCUGGUCUUCGUGGACGUCAUGUGACAGCAGCUGUGGGACAGGAGUACAGCACCGCUACAGAUCUCCUCUGAGUCCAGUGGGAGCGGUGAACGUGGAGCCGUGUGAAGGAGACUCGACUGAAGCCCGUCGGUGCUUCACGUCCUGCUCGGAGGGUCCUGAGGGAGUGUCGUGGAGCGAGUGGACGCUGUGGUCCGAGUGCAGUAAGACCUGUUUUCAUCACGUGGACGCCGUGGGACUGAGGCGGCGCUUCAGGAGCUGUAACCACACACUCACUCACUCCUGUGGAGGAGACGCAGAAGAACACGAGCCGUGCAACACCAUCCACUGCCCCGUGCACGGUGGCUGGUCGUCCUGGUCGAGCUGGUCUGUGUGUUCAUCUGAGUGUGACUCUGGUGUUCAGACGAGAGAGCGCUUCUGUAGUUCUCCUCCGCCGCUGUACGAAGGCCUCGGCUGUCCCGGGCCGCACAUACAGACGCGAGACUGCAACGUCCAGCCCUGCUCUGGUGUGUGUCCAGACGGCAUGAGCUUCCUGUCUAAGGCUCAGUGUGAGGCUCAGGGCGGUGCGUGUCCUCGAGUGUGUCUGGACGCCACGGCGGAUGUGGAGUGUGCCACCGAGUGUUAUGAUGGCUGUUACUGUUCUCCUGGUUUCUAUCUGUUCAAUAACAGCUGUGUGCCUCUCCACCGCUGCCCGUGUUACCAUGAGGGGGCGCUGUACAUGCAGGAAGACAGCGUGCCCAACGACAGCUGUAACAACUGUCUUGUGUGUGCUCACAGCACGUGUGUUAAUGGAGAGAUGCAGUGUGGAACAGCGCCCUGCCCUGUGGAUUGUGGGUGGAGCGAGUGGACGGGCUGGAGUGCAUGCAGUCGCACAUGUGACGUGGGCAUCAGACGCCGCUAUCGUUCAGGAACCAAUCCGGCGCCGGCGUUUGGUGGCCGUGUCUGUGAGGGCGAGCGCAUCGGACUGGACACAUGCAGCAUUACACCUUGUUUCGGUACACUCACCCCAAAGACUGUCUGUGAUUAAGAGUUCAACGCAGGUCAAUAAAAUAAUAAGAGCUUUCAUGGCACACAGGAAUUUACUAUUAGACACAGAAAUAUAUUUGGAAUAAAUGUGUACAAAAUAAAAAUUGUUGAUUAACUAACAAAAAAAAAAAAAAAAUAUAUAUAUAUAUAUAUAUAUAUACAGUGUGAUGGCGAGUGUGUGUCUCUGUCGCUCUGUCGCUGUCAUGUUGAUGGAGAGCAGCACAAACCCGGAGCCACAGUCACCAAAAACUGCAACAACUGCACGUGUGAAUCAGGAAAGCUGGUGAACUGUCUGAGUGUGGAGUGUGAUGUGGACGGCGGCUGGUCGUCCUGGACUCCGUGGAGUGUGUGUUCUGUGACGUGUGGCGCUGGUCUGCAGUCACACUACCGCUUCUGUUCGGAUCCGGAGCGAGCUGGGAACGGACGGCCCUGUGUGGGACCGGACCGAGAGGACAGAGUGUGUGCGUCAUCACCCUGCAGCCGAGACGGAGGCUGGAGUGACUGGACGUCCUGGACAGACUGCAGUAAGUCGUGUGGUGGAGGAGUGAGGAGCCGCAGACGGGACUGUGACCGGCCCUUCAGAGGAGGAGACGGAGACUACUGUGAAGGACUGGGAACAGAAGUCAUCCUGUGUAACACACACCACUGUCCAGUGUCGUCAUGUUCACACGUGUCAGGGAGUGUGUUCAGCGCCUGCGGACCCUCGUGUCCACGAUCAUGUGACGACCUCACUUGUGUGGAGCGGGACACGUGUCCCUGUCUGGACCUGCACACAGGACGAAGGGUCCGUCCCGGAGAGACCGUCCUGACUCCAGACGCCUGCAACAACUGCACCUGUGAGGGGGGGAGACUCGUCUGCGGAGAACAGCCCUGUCCAGUGGAUGGAGGCUGGUGUCAGUGGUCCGAAUGGACGCCUUGCUCAAAGACCUGCGGGAUGGAGUGGGUGUCCCGCUACAGGAGCUGCGCCUGUCCUGAACCCAAAUCCGGAGGAGCGGCGUGUCCAGACCAGCAGGAGGAACACAACGGACUGGGAGUCCAGAUCCAGAGACAGCCGUGCCCAUCCGUCUCCUUCUGCCCCGUCCACGGCUCGUGGGGCUCCUGGAGCUCGUGGUCGGACUGUGACGCGUGUGCAGGUGUGUCUGUCAGACAGAGGGAGUGUAACAGUCCUCCGGCGCGGUUCGGCGGUCUGUCGUGCCUCGGAGAGAGUCGCCAGAGCCGCGGCUGUCAUGAUAACAUCACCGUCUGCUCAGACUGUGGAGGGGGACAGGAGCAGUGGCCCUGUGGGAAGCCCUGUCCGCGCUCCUGCUCCGAUCUGCACGGAGACACCGAGUGUGUGGAUUCACCGGGAUGCAGCUGGACCUGCGGGUGUCCAGGAGACACGCUGCUGCAGGACGGUCUGUGUGUGGAGCGAGAGCUGUGCCGCUGUAAAUAUCUCAACAUCAGCACAGGAACAGACACAGGCAAUGUUUCGUGGUCAAGGCCGGACGCAUCAGACUGGCAUCAUGUGGCUCCAGGAGAGAGCAUCAGCACUGACUGUCAGAACUGCACAUGUGAAGCAGGUGUCCUGCAGUGUGACUCAGUUCCUGGUUGCCAUGUCGACGGCAGCUGGGGCCAAUGGGCUGCCUGGUCGGAAUGCUCCGCCCACUGUGGGGGAGGGUCUCAGAGCCGAAGCCGAUCCUGCCGGACGCCCCCCUGUUCGGGCAUGAGACGCCAGAGCAAGACCUGUAACACACAAGUGUGUCUGGAGGUGGGCUGUCCUCCAGGCCGUCUCUAUCGGGAGUGUGAGCGCGGUGAAGGCUGUCCGUUCAGCUGUUCUCAGGUCAGAGGUCACGAGGGCUGUUAUUCUGAGGGCUGUGAGGAGGGCUGCCACUGUCCUCUCAACACCUACCAGCACAACGGAUCCUGCGUUUAUGAAUGUCCAUGUCUGGUGGACACUGACUUCCUGACCUCUUUACAAAGCGUGUCGGUGACCCCUGACCUGACCCCUGACCUCCAGAACAUCACACUGGGGUCCGAGCUGAUGUCUGGAGAGGAGCUGGUGCAUGAAUGCAGUUCCUGCUCGUGUGAACAUGGGCUGUGGAACUGCUCUCUGGUUCCGUGUCCCCGUGACGGAGGGCUGUCUCUUUGGGGCCCCUGGGGACCCUGUUCACUCAGCUGUGGGGGUCUCGGUCAGAAGAGUCGCAGCAGAAGCUGUAACCAGCCCAGUCCUGCUCACGGGGGCCGAGACUGUGAUGGGCCCCUGCUGGACACGGCCUACUGCCAGACACCCGACUGCCCACUGGUAACAGUUCCGACAGAGGAACCAUCUUUACCAGACGAGGAUGCUGGUUUCUCUCAGUGGACGGUGUGGACCCCGUGCUCCAGAAGCUGCAGUGAUCCGGCUUCUCCUGCUCUGAAGCUCCGGACGAGGGAAUGUGUUCGUGAACGCUGCUCUGGAGAAACCCGGCAGGAGCGAGUCUGUAACCUGCCCCAGUGUCCCGAUGGUGGUGUGUGUCAGGGUCCCGAAUGCGCUCACAGGAACUGCUCCUGGAUGAAGUGGGGCGAGUGGAGCUCCUGCUCUCGUUCCUGCGGCGUGGGACAGCAGCAGCGCGUCCGAACCUUCCUCGCCCCGGGCGUCAAUGGGACCUGGUGUCAGGACAUCCUGGGCGGCAACGUGGAAAACCGCUUCUGUAAUAUUCGGGCCUGCCGCGUGGACGGAGGCUGGUCUCGCUGGAGCUCUUGGUCCCGCUGUGAUAAAACCUGCGGCGGUGGACGCUCCAUCAGGACCCGCUCCUGCUCCAGCCCUCCACCCAAAAACGGAGGCCACAAAUGCACGGGAGAGAAGAACCAUGUCAAACCCUGCAACACCAAACCCUGCGGUGACGAGGGCUGUCCAGCGGGGCAGGAGUUGGUGGCGUGUGUUAAUGAGUGUCCCCAGCGCUGCUCAGACCUGCAGCAGGGCAUCGAGUGUCAGAGAAACACCGAGUGUCAGUCGGGCUGCCGCUGUCCUCGAGGUCAGCUGCAGCAGGACGGCGUGUGUGUCCAGACGUGGCAGUGUGAUUGUCUGGAUGUGUUGGGUCAGAGCUGGGCCGCAGGAAGCACACAUCAGGUGGACUGCAACAACUGCAGCUGCGCAGACGGGCGUCUCACCUGCACCAAUCACACCUGCGCAGGAGAACACAGCUGCUCCUGGAGCUCCUGGUCCACCUGGGCCUCCUGCAGCUCCACCUGCGGCCCCGGACAGAGGACUCGAUUCAGCUGCCAGUUUGAGGAAGUCCAGCACAAACCAUGUGACCUCGGCGCGUGUCCCCCGCUGUGUGUCCAUGAUGAGCAGGAACUGUCUGUCGGAGACACCUGGAUAGAAGGGGAAUGUCAACAAUGCACCUGCAUCCCUGAAGGAGACUACUGCCAAAAUAUAGACUGUCGAGUGGACGGUGGAUGGACGCCGUGGUCAGUGUGGUCAGUCUGUCCCGUGACAUGUGGGAGGGGUAAACAGAUCCGAACCCGCGCCUGUAUCAACCCUCCACCGCGAAACAACGGCUCCGACUGCACUGGACCUGAGAGAGACACCCGGGACUGUCACGCUGCACCUUGUCUUGAUGACCUUUGCCCCUGGUCGCCGUGGUCAUCCUGUUCUCGCAGCUGCGGCGCAGGCCUGAUCUCCAGACGGCGUCAGUGUGUGUGUGAGGAGACGGGAGAUCACGCGUGUCCUCCAGACGUCCAGAGAGACGCAGAGGAGACACAGCUGUGUUAUAAGAGACCCUGUCCAGGCUGUCCCGUGUCUGAAUGGAGCGCGUGGAGCGACUGCUCCUGUGUGUCUCAGUAUCAGCAACGCUUUCGUGCACCGCUCAUCUCGGCCAGCGGCAGACAGCACUGCUCUGAUCUCGAGAGAGAGAGCCGGCCCUGCAAACCUGACAACUGCACAGAUUGUGAGAAACCCUUCCUGUUCUCUGAAUGUGGAUCUCCGUGUGAGAAACACUGUGAUCUGUUGGGUCAAACGCACUCGUGCUCGUCCCAAAACUGCACACCCGGCUGCUUCUGUGCGGAGGGUCUCCUGCAGCAGAACGGAUCAUGUGUCCGUCCGGAUCAGUGCGGCUGUGUCCAUCUCCUCCAUCAGGGCUCAGACAGACCUGUGGCCGUCACUGUCCAGCAGGGGGCGCUGCUGACCGUGGGCUGCAGGACAUGUCUGUGUCAUGACGGCUCUCUACAGUGUGAUUUACGGGAAUGUGAAGUGAUGGUCAGCGAGUGGUCAGAAUGGACCUCCUGCUCUCCGUGUAUCCCAGCAUCCUCCGGUGGGAACGCUUCGGGGCUGGUGUCGCUCCAGCGGCGCUUUCGGGCCUGUCUGGACCUGGACUCCGGUCUGCCGGUCAGCGGGAGAGAGGGAGAGUGUGAUGAAGAGCUGGAGGAAGAGCGAAUCUGCCCGCAGUCUGACAUCUGCACCGAUCUGUGUCACUGGAGCUCAUGGAGCGGCUGGAGUGUGUGUAAAGAUCCCUGCAGCGGAGGAUACCGGCAGAGAGAGCGCCGACCUCUGACCUCUGACCCCGGCCCACACUGCAGGAACCUACAGACGCAGUCUCAGAGCUGCAACACUGGCCUCUGUCCCGGUGAGCAUUGUGAGGACAGGGGGCGGGUCUACGACGACUCCUGUGCCAAUCAGUGUCCUCGCAGCUGCGCUGACCUCUGGGAUCACGUCCAGUGUCUGCAGGGCACCUGUCAUCCAGGCUGUCGCUGUCCGGACGGCCGGCUCUUGCAGGACGGAGGGUGUGUGUGGGUGGACGAGUGUCGCUGUGGGGUCCCGCUGGAGAACGGGACGCUGGAGAUCCGACCCGGAGAGAACAUCACCGUCAGCUGCAACACCUGUGUGUGUGUAAAUGGCUCUCUGGUGUGUACGGAUCACGUGUGUCCGGUCUACGGUCCGUGGGGUUCGUGGAGCGAGUGCUCGGCGUCGUGUGGGACAGAGGGACAGAGGACACGCAGACGGUCCUGCAAACACACGACCGGAGGACCGACCUGCGCCGAAACCGUCCAGAGAGACAGCUGCUCACUGCUGCCCUGUCCAGAUUGUCCUGCAGAUCAGGUGUUCAGCUCGUGUGCAGGAUCCUGUCCAUACAGCUGUGAGGAUCUGUGGCCCCAAAAUCAGUGUGUGCCUCUGACCUGCAGUCCUGGGUGCAGCUGCCCACCUGGAGCCGUGAUGCUGAACGGAAGCUGUGUUCCCCAAUCCCAGUGUCCUUGUUCCCUAAUCUCGCUCCCGCCCGUGUCCCACAACCUCACCCUGGACCUCCAGGAACAGGAAGUUCCCGCAGGAACCCUCAUUCCAGACUCCUGCAACUCAUGUGUCUGUGAAGGUGGGAUCUUUACCUGCACUAACAAGUCAUGUGACGCGUGUCCAGAUGGUGAGCGUUGGAUCUGGAGUGAGUCCAGAUUGGGGCGCGUGUGUGAGAGGGGGUGUGUGGACCUCUACAGCCCUGAACCGCUCAACUGUACGGGCCCCGGGGCCACAGAGGGCUGUGUGUGUGAGGAGGGCCGGUACCGGAGCCUGGAGGGCCAGUGUGUGAUUCCAGCUCUGUGUCAGUGUGAAGAGGAAGACGGGACGCUUCGAGAGCCGGGGUCCGAGUGGGUGGACGGCUGUCAGUCCUGUCGCUGUAUCAAUGGCCAGAAACACUGUCAGUCAAACUGUCCUCCCCUUCACUGCUUUGAGGGUGAAGUGAAGGUGCUGGAAGCGGAGAGCUGCUGUCCCGUGUGCCGCAGAGAGUUUCCAGAGGAUCCGGUUGCCGAGUGCCGUCGUCACACUGAGGUCAGGAACAUCACCAAGGGCGACUGUCGCCUGGACAACGUGGAGGUCAGCUUCUGCAGAGGGCGCUGUUUGUCCUGGACCGAUGUGGUUCUGGAGGAGCCGUAUCUGCAGGCGUUCUGUGACUGCUGCAGCUACAGACUGGACCCACAGAACCCCGUGCGCUUCCUCAGCUUACAGUGCGCCAGCGGAGACGUCGAACCCGUCGUUCUGCCAGUCAUUCACAGCUGCGAGUGCACCAGCUGCCAGGGUGGGUAA